AUUUAACAGAAGUACUACUACUCGUUUUUUCAACUACUAAUUGUCUUCGUUUUUUGUGCGCAUGUCUGUCGGUCCGAUAUUGAGGAUACACGUCGUCAUUGAUAGUUCCACCAAUACCCCACUACUGAGCCGAGGCAUCGCUUUGAGCUAUGACGCAUUCGGCAGAUAUCGAGGAUGGAGGCUCUUCCGGCUCGCGGACACCACUCCUUGGAUGUUCCUCACACCAAAGGAUCGGAGAUGACAUUGAUUCCGACAAAAGGAGAUGGUCGGUACUGCGGCUGCUCAGAUUCUUUGGUGGCGGCAUUUACGCCCCAGAUUCGACUACGUAUGAUCCUAUCGAGAUUCUGCUGAAUACUGAGGACGAGAAUGAGAAGGAUGAUCUUACCAUAAAGUGGAGAGACAACAAACUAAGCGAGCUGAACUUCGUGGGCGUUGUGUCCGCUCUUCUCGCUGGAGUCCUCACAUCCACGGGAAGUUGGCCCUCCAUCUUGCCAAAUGGUGAACAGUCACCAUGGCCAGUGAGGACAUCCUGGUACUGCGGUAUCAUUCUUUCGCUGUUCAGUAUUCUCACAGCUGCCGACCAAACUGUUCGACUACACCGUCUUUCCUCGCACCGUGAUGGACUAGCCAACAUACGCAAAAUUCUUCAGAAGACCAACGGCGAGAGAAGGCAUUCUUCGAAAACCGGUCGUAGAGCACCUAGCCAUCUGCAGAUCUUUACCUGGCAGAUGCCCGUUAUGUUCCUCACUUCUGCCACUCUUUGCAUGAUCAUCGGUAUGUUCCUGCAUGUGUGGUCCGCAACCACGCAUUUAGAUCAUCCGUACGUCUGGGAUGACAAUACUAAGGUUGCCGUCGCAUACAGCUCUGUCGCAAUAUUCUCUAUCAUACUCUUCUUUGUCGGCCAAAUUUCGCUCUUCACGCCAGGUCGAGAGUCGUAGCGAAACUUGAGGGAACUUUUUUCUCGUUAUGAAUGGCAUAUGUUCCUGGUCUCUCGCAUGGGGAUGUCUAAAUUUUGGGGAAAUCAUUGAAAGCUAGCUCUAUCGGCCUAUGAGCUACUUUGCCAUGUUAGAUCAGUACUUCACUCUAGUCACCGGUUUUACCCACACGAAGAAUCUAUGCAUCAAGAUAUUUUGGUUCCCUGA